ACACUGUUCAUCUGUCCCACCAACAAGGAAGUAGAAGAAGAAAUAGCUGCAGUAUCGCUGUUGAUGUUGUCAUGUUGUAAUAAUCUGUGAAGGUAAAACGAACGUUCAAGAUCGAGUAUGACCAUUCCACGCAUCAUGAUUUGCUUGUUUCACCUGACAAGUAUGAUUAAGAAAGUGGGAGCAUGUGGAGGAAAUUCGGCAUUGGAAGUUGUAGAGAUGUGUAAAGGAGGUUCCACCACGGCCCGUCACUUCUACCUACACGGGUCUCCAGCAGGUGAUGUACAGCGGUGUGACUGUAGCAUGGCUAUCACAGGUACAGCAUCGUCAGUGUAUUUUACACGCGCCCCCUUGACUGACACUACAGCAAUCUGUGGAGGAACACUGACACUGCCAAAUGGUGCUACAAUAGACUGUACACAGACUCCCAGGACAGAUAUAUUUUUGUAUCCAGGUACCUGGGUGGUUUCCUUUGCCUGCAAAACUGCAGAUGUCAGGAACUGUGUGGAGGUAGAGUUAGCCACAAGCGCAUCAAGCCUGUUGAUGAAAUGUCCAAAUAAUCAAACAAAGGCACUUCCAACAGUGAAGAGUUCAUUUCCACCUGAUUCCUCCAUCUAUGUGUACACCUCUCAACCUUCCUCAGUAACUGCAUCUACACGACGAUUACCUACGACCACAAUAACAUAUACAGCAAAGUUUACAAAGGUUCCAACAACAACUGUAACAACGACUCAGACAUCAAUAAGGACAUCAACGCUGCCAUGGACGUCAUCUAUCAGUGAGGGUAGCAGAGAGACAGUGCCAGCUGAACAAACGUCUGUCACAGGUUCCCUCAUUGCCGGAUGGGUGAUGGUGGCGAUCCUUGUUGCUGUCAUUAUCGUGGUGGUUGUGUUGCUGAUAAGAAAACAAAGGGAGUCCAACUAUAAACCUAGAGAUACUUGUCAAAAGUCUGUGUCAACUCAAACAGAUGGUGGCUCCAUCUAUGAAGGGUUGGACCGGAGCAAUGUGACAACACCUGACACCAUGUACGAGCGAUUUGAAACACAGCCUACAGAACGUGGAGUGAAGGAUUAUUACAACAUUGAGAUGGACGACUAUGCUAACCCCUAGUUUUUUCCAAGUGUGACCAUGUAUUUGGUUAAUGUCUGAUGAGGUAAACAGUUAAACGUCACUGAGUGCACUGAUGUAUGUCAGGAGUGUGUAUAUUAUAUAUUACAGUGCCUAGCGUAGGGUGUAGUCUGCAUCAAUCUGUCCUCACUAGGUACCUUAUAAUCAGACUCAGAUCACAAGAUGACAUUUAUCAUGCAUGAUACAGACCUUUCUUCUAAUUAGUUAUAUCAAGGUGUUACAAACACAUCUUUCGCAGUAAGUGACAUACUAGUAUUUCAUUUGCAGAAAGUGCAAAGCAUACAGGUAGUUGUUUUUUUCAGCUGUAUGUUCAUUUUGAAAACGGGAAGUCACAUGAAGCACAUGUAAAGCAAGUGGACGUUGUCCGGUGACAUUGUUCAUGAAAAGGCUCUCACUUCAUCAAGUAAAAUAGAUCGGAGUGACUUCUUGCACACUAGGAGGACUAUGUUAUCUGAUAUUUUACAACUUAUAUGUAUAAAGCAACUAUAUAUGUGUGUAUGUGUAAUUUCUAUGUCUAUUCAAGCACUAUUUCAUGCCUGUGGACAUCCAGUCAUCAGCGGUAACGGCAUAUGCAUUGAUUCUAGUGCGUAUUAUGAACUUGUUUAAUAAAUAAACAAAAACCCAAUUUGACGUCUGCAUCAUGUCAGCCACAAAACGUGACCAUGAUUAGUUAGAGGUAAGGUCGUAUCGGCUUGGCUGAGUAUGAUCACGCUAUUCUAGAACAUAUUGAGAUGGGUGUCUAUGCUAACCCUUAGUUCACCCAUUGAUAAAUUCUGUGACGUGAUUGGUUUAUUUGCUGCUCACAUGACCCGUUCAUUUUACAACAAAUUUCAAAAAGUGUCGUUA